CGUCCUCCGGCCCCGCCCUCCGGCCCUGUCCGCGACCCCCAUUUCCAUCCCAGCCCCGGAAUCGCCCAUCCCCGACUCCCGGUCCCUAUUUCCCGAUUCCCGGGUCUCGGUCCCGGUCCCGGUUCUUGAUCGUGCUCCCGGUCCGGUCCUUGAUCCCGAUUGCGGUCGUGGUCCCCGGUCGCGGUCCUUGAUCUCUAACUGGGGUCCCCAGUUCCCCAUCCCAGUUCCGGAAAAAACAGUUCCCGAUCCCGGUCCUUGAUUCCGGUCCCGAUCCUUGUUCCCACUCCCGGUCCCUCCCCGCCGCCCUGUCCGUGCCCCGGGGCCCCGGGCGGGGGGGUUCGGUGCCGGGUGAGUCACCGGGGCCGGGGGGCGGCUCUGACCGGCCCGUCCCGUUCCAGCCCCACUUCCCGGGGAUGCGCAGCGGGGCUCGGAGCUUCCCCGGCGGCGGGCGCUGAGCUCCGGGAGCGCGAUGGACACCGGGCUCGGGGCCGCGCUGGCCUGGAGCCCCGGGGCGGCCUCGCAGCCCCCGCCCGGGCUGGGGGUGAAGUUGGGGUCUCUGGUGCUGCUGCUGCUGCUGCCCCUCGCCUGCGGCCUGGCGCCCCUCUGGUGCUUCCGGCAGCCCCCCGACCCCCACAGCCCCAUGCUCAGCCUCGUGAGCUGCUUCUCCGGUGGUGUUUUCAUGGGCACCUUCCUGCUCGACCUCCUGCCUGACUACCUGGGCAGCAUCGCUGCGGCGCUGGAGGGGCUGCGCAUCACGCUGCAGUUCCCUCUGCCGGAGUUCAUCCUGGCCAUGGGUUUUUUCCUGGUGCUGGUGCUGGAGCAGGUGACGCUGGCGCAGCGGGAGCUGUCGGAGCCGCCCGAGGAGUCGCGGGCGCUGCUGCCCAACGGCUCCAUCCAGGCGGCGGUGGCCGGGGGCUCGCUGGGCUCGCCGGUGCCGGUGUCCGGCGGUCCCGGG